CUUCUCAGGUUCGUUGAUCUAACGGUAUACCGCUCAAGGACGAAGCAACACAGCGCGCAGCACGUGCAGUACUGACGACAAGUCGUUGACAUAACAGCUGUUCGCGCAGUGAUAUAGAAGAGGACAACUAUUACCAGAAAUAAAAUCUGCUUACUUCUUCUCUCAUUAUAUGGUCUGUUUUCGUGUGAAAAUAUCCCUAAGCUUGAAAAACAAGAUUUUGUUGGAAAAAAAUAGGACAAUUUUAUUUACGAAAGAUUAGAGCACCCGGUAUUAGAAUCGUGACUCCAUAUACACUCCACUGGAUUUGUAGCUCAAGGCUGUGCUUAACAGCAUAAGCUACAGUACAGCUACUGGUUAACAACCCCACAAUUUACAGUUCAAAUCGCCCAUGUUUACAACAGUGUAGCACACAUUCGCGUUGAUGCUAACUUGUUUCCAGUCAAACUGAGUAAUAGCGAGACAGAAGAAUUGUUCGCAAGACAUUUUUCUUUUAGUUGUGAUAACCGUUUUUGUUGUGAAUUACAUAAGUACCGAUAUAUUAAUAUCUCAAUGGGGAGCGGUAGCUAUAUAAACGAAAACGCGAGACGAGCGUGUUUUGUUUCGUAAGUUGCCGAAAACGUGCAGAAUCAUCAUACACAUCUCAAGAGUUUAGCGCCAGUGGCACAUAACACAGACUAGUAUUUAUUUACAUAUUCUUGUCUGUUAACUGUUCACCGGCGUAUUUUCUUGGUUGAAAAGCGUAUAGAAAAGUGAAUGUAUUGUUUUUCGAACACUUUCAUCUUUAUUUGAUUAGAGGCCAUUAAAACUCUAUUCGCGAAUUUCAGUUUACUUAUUCGUUGCUCGAUUUAUGUUCUGGACUGGAAGAACACUUUGUCGUUGUAUACGACGGACCAGAGAACCGGUUUUAGUUGGGCACGGACUGUGCUGUUACCGUUAUCUUCUGUCGGGGCAGGAAAACUGGCUUAGACCUACUGAUAUACGUGUCAGUGGUAUAACUUCACUCCCGUGGGUUGGGGCUUGGUGGGGUAAUUGCGGUCACCGCUUGAAGAGAGCAUAUUAUUUAAGUGAAGGUUUCGUAAGCAGUUUCGGUCGUCAUUUAGCAGGUUAUUCGCGAAAUAGCUGUAGUAUAGUGAGUGAAACAUUUUUUGUACCAACUGGAAAGCGUUUUAUACACACGACAAACAUGCCCGAAUCAAAACCAUUCGAGAGACUACCAAAGUGUGUCGUACCAAAACAUUACGAUCUGAUACUGAAGCCUGACCUGAAAACAUUAGUGUUUAAAGGGAAAGAAACAAUAGAAGUUGAGGUAAAAACAGUGACGGAUAAAAUCGUCCUGAAUUCCUUAGAUUUAACAAUUAAAAGUGUCGAAUACACAACUUCGACUGGUAACAGUAUUGUUCCUACAGACGUCUCAUUGUCGGUGGAAGAUGAAACUUUGACAUUGACAUUUCCUGAGCCCCUUCAUGCGGGGAAUGGAUUACUAGCUUUCGAUUUUACUGGGGAAAUCAACGACAAAAUGAAAGGAUUUUACAGGAGCAAAUAUGUAAGCCCAGAUGGCGAAGAGCGCUAUGCAGGUGUCACGCAGUUUGAGGCCACAGAUGCUCGGCGAUGCUUCCCGUGUUGGGAUGAACCUGCGAUAAAGGCUACUUUCAACAUCACCUUGGUUGUUCCAGAGAGUAAGGUUGCUCUUUCCAAUAUGCCUGUGGUGUCGGAAACGAAUGACCCAUCAAACCCUGCCCUACGUGUAGUGAAAUUCGAUACCACUCCCAUCAUGUCAACAUAUUUAGUAGCUGUAGUAGUUGGAGAGUAUGACUUUGUAGAGGACAAGUCAAAUGACGGAGUACUGGUGCGAGUAUACACACCAGUUGGCAAGAAGGAGCAAGGUCGCUUUGCUCUUGAGGUUGCUACAAAAGUAUUGCCAUAUUACAAAGACUACUUCCAGAUUGCAUAUCCACUUCCAAAAAUUGAUUUGAUAGCAAUCGCAGAUUUCUCUGCAGGGGCUAUGGAGAAUUGGGGAUUAGUGACAUAUAGAGAGACAUGUUUGCUUGUUGAUCCCGAGAAUACAUCAGCUGUAAGGAAACAGUGGAUUGCUCUAGUUGUGGGUCAUGAACUUGCGCAUCAGUGGUUUGGAAAUCUUGUGACAAUGGAAUGGUGGACACAUCUGUGGCUGAAUGAAGGAUAUGCAUCCUUUGUUGAAUUUCUCUGCGUUGCACAUUUAUUUCCUGAGUAUGACAUAUGGACGCAGUUUGUAACUGAUACUUACAUCAGAGCAUUGGAACUGGAUUGUCUUAAGAACAGCCACCCGAUUGAGGUUCCUGUUGGUCAUCCUUCAGAAAUUGAUGAAAUAUUUGAUGACAUUUCAUAUAACAAAGGCGCCUCUGUGAUUAGAAUGCUGCACAAGUAUAUAGGAGAUGAGGACUUCCGCAAAGGUAUGAAUAUAUAUCUUACUAGACAUCAGUAUAAAAAUACUUUCACUGAAGAUCUAUGGGCAGCACUGGAAGAAGCAAGCAAUAAACCAGUGGCUGCUGUUAUGUCAACGUGGACAAAACAAAUGGGGUUCCCAGUGGUGAAGGUUUUAAGUAAACAGUCAGGACCCACGACACGGACCCUUACACUAACUCAAGAAAAAUUCUGUGCUGAUGGUAGCACAAGUGAGUGUAACGGUUGUCUAUGGAUGGUUCCCAUAAUGCUGAGUACGUCUCGGAAUCCACAUGACGUUGCUUUCAGCACUGUAUUAGAGACACGCUCAGCUAACAUCACUCUUCAAAAUGUGUCUGCUUCAGACUGGGUUAAAGUUAACCCUGGUACUGUUGGGUACUACCGUACACAAUACCCACCAGAUAUGCUGGAACUGUUUGUACCUGCUAUCCAGAACAAAUCUCUGCCACCUCUGGAUAGACUUGGAUUACUAGAUGACCUCUUUGCAAUGGUUCAAGCAGGACAGACUCCAACAGUAGAAGUUUUGAAGCUAAUGGAAGCAUUCAGUGAUGAAGACAAUUACACUGUAUGGUCUAGCAUCAGCAACUGCUUAAGCAAAUUGUCAAUCCUACUUUCUCACACAGAUUAUGAAGAUCUUUUCAAGGCAUAUGGACGCAAGUUAAUGGCCAGGGUUGGUCAGAGGCUUGGUUGGGAUCCCAAAGAAAAUGAAAGUCAUCUUGAUACCUUGUUGCGGUCACUAGUUAUUGGGAGACUGGGCUGGUUUGGUGAAAAAUCUGUUAUUGAAGAGGCAAAAAAGAGAUUUGAUCAUCACUGUAAUGGGAAAUGUCAUUUGCCUGCUGAUCUCCGCAGCCCCGUCUACAAAGCAGUUUUGUCAGUUGGUGAUGAAGAUACAUACAACACAAUGCUUAAGUUGUACAGAGAAGCUGAUCUACAUGAAGAAAAAGACAGGAUAUCAAGAGCCCUUGGAGCUAUUGGUAAUGAGGCCAUUCUGAAGAAGGUGCUGGAUUUUGCAAUGUCUGAAGAAGUUCGUUCUCAAGAUACAGUAUUUGUCAUUAUUUCUGUGGCAAUGACAAAAGUUGGGAGAGAGCUUGCCUGGAACUUUUUCAAGGAAAAUUGGCAGGAACUGAUGAAUCGUUAUGAGGGAGGUUUUCUGCUAGCUCGUCUAGUAAAAUAUACAACGGAGAACUUUGCCAGUGAAGAACAGGCUACAGAAGUGGAAAAUUUCUUUCGUGAACAUCAUUCUCCAGGUACAGAACGCACUGUCCAACAGAGCUGCGAGACAAUACGGCUGAAUGCUGCUUGGCUAGCACGUGAUUCAGAAUCAACGCGAAAGUACCUCAUUGAGACGCAGACACACUCUUCGUAACUAGUAGGCUUGUGUAAAUUCAUAUGUUGCUAGGGAAUGCAGUGCUGUGUAACUAAAAUAAAAAAAAAAAGAUUUUUAUACAGAAGUAAACUUCUUUAAGUGGAAUUUGUGCUUUUAUAUUGUGCAGUGCACUUGUGGUGUGAAACUAUCAAUAACAGCAACUUUCACUUUUUCUGUGUCGUCUUAAUAAUGUAUAUGCUGUUGCCUGUAUGUAUGUUGCGAUAGGAAUUGAGAAGAGUGUGGAAGAGAAUAUCGAGACAACUACCUGUAAUAAUUCUUUCAUACAGUACAAUUGAUUACCUGUAAUUAGACUAGUUCUGGAGUAAGUUUUAGCUUAACAUUUGCAAUAGUUUAUCAUUUCAGUUGAAUGUAAAAUAACAUUGCUGUCGUGUUACUGUUUACUUAAGAAACAUGAGGACAGUUUUUUGUGUACACAGCUCAUAAUGUGUAUACAGUUGUCACCUCCCAUCCUGUCAGAGAAGUAAACAGGUAAUAAUUUAAAAAAGGAAAAUACCAAACAGUGUACAAAUCGUAAGUGCCAGUAAAUGAACUAUAAUUUUGUUUUGGUUAGUAUUUUCGAUGCCUAAAGGCCAUUGAGGACAAUGUUGGGCUGUGUAAGCCUUUCUUUAGGUCAUUUUGGUAUCUGUCAAUAUGGAUGUCCUGCUCUGAUUUUGGUACUUAAUACUUCUGUUAAGAAUCGUUUUGUUUUAAAACUGACAGAACAAUAACCAGAGCAGUUCCUGUUGAUAACGUGAAGUACAAUUACAAUAUGAUACCUGAUAGUAUGUUGUUAGUUAUGUAUGCACAUAUGUACAUACUUUUUAUAAAAUCUUAUUUGAGUUCAUCUUAUAUUUAUUGAUUUGUUUUGUUAACUUAAUAAGCUUGUAUAAUUUUACCUUCCUGGAAAAAAGGUCUGACUUUUCAUAUAUUUGACACACAAAAUACAUUGUUAUUUUGUAUUAUUAAAAUUGUAUCUUUAAAAAGGCACUUAAAGGUAGGCACUUGGCAAAUUGGAAAACAAAUAUAAUGAAAUCAGUGAAAAAGUAUUGUAUUCCAGAAACAAGUUUAUUUUCUGUCGGAUUCCGUAAAAUUUGUGACUUGUGAAAAUCUUGAACAUUUCUGAAUAAAUAUUUGUGUUGUUCCAUCUUA